AACCUUAUCCUUAUCUAAAGGACAUUGUACAUACAAAGUUCCUCACUCCUCUCUUUAGGAUUACUCCCAAAGAGAACAUCAAAUUCUCCAUUCCUCUUAACUCUUUGCUAACCAAAGAAUAAAAAUGCAAUUUUUAGGGAAACCCAAAAUUCCCAGUUUGAGUUUCUUCAUCCUUCUUCUACUGAUCUACUUCUUCUUCUUCCCCUUGAUCAAAUCCACGGAUGCGGAAGAGCCGGUUCCAACCCCAUGGCCCUUGCAAUUCCACUCAAUCGUCUUCAUUAAUACCUCAGAAGGGGUCCUGCAAAAGGUGGACCUCUGGUAUGACUGGCCUAAUGGCAGGAACUUCAACAUAAUCCAGUACCAGCUGGGGAAGCUGUACUAUGACUUGGAAUGGGAUAAUGGGACUUCCUUCGUCUAUACUCUGGACCAGGACGAGGAGUGUAGGGUGUUACUUUUCCCAGUGGGAAUUCUCAGACCCAAUUGGCUUGAUGGGGCUAACUAUCUUGGCCAGAAAUACAUGGAUGGGUUUCUGUGUAAUGUCUGGGAAAAAGUUGAUUUCAUUUGGUACUAUGAGGAUGUUGCCACCAAAAGACCUGUUUAUUGGGCUUUCUUCUCUGGAAUGGUUGCUCAUGUGAUGACAUUUGAAGUGGGAAAAGUGCUUGAGGACCCUGGUUGGCAAGCCCCUGUCUACUGCUUCAAGGAAAACUCUACACUUGAAUAUUUGGCUAGCCCCAUUUUUGGUGGCAGAUUCUUGAGAGGAGGAGCUAUGGAUGCCCCUAACUUGCUCUAGUUGUAUUACCCUUAGCUUGUUUUUCCUUUUUAUGUAUUAGUGACUUGUGAAAAUAAAAUGAAAUCCAUUGAGUAUUAUUAAUUUCUAGUGUUUCUUUUGCUUUGCCA